CAUAGUAUGGAAUGGAUUUUUUUUUACGUGGAAUGUAAUAAAUACAAAUCAAUUCCAUUCCGCGUUAAAGUACACGUUAAAACAACAGCAACAUCUGACUUGCGUAACGUGUGUUUGUCACAAAGUUAUCAAGUAACAUGGGCUUUGGGUUUUUUUUCUCCCAGACUGUAAAAGAUGUGGCUUGCAAGGUUAAUCAACAAUCAGACUUUGCAACACAAAGAGUGAAAACGCGGGUGAAACCCCAGGCCCGUCAACGCGUGCUCUUUCUCACACACUGAGAAAGAGCGAACUAGCUGUUGAACAUCGUUCAUCGGACAUCAUAAAAAAAAUUGGCCAACGCAAGCGACAUUGACAAGCAACAAAGACAGCAAAUCUCCACCCCGUAUCGCCUCGAACAGACCCGUGACCAAACCUGUAAAGCCCUUCAUAACAGAAUAAUAGUGCAGGCCAGAAAACCCACAAUAUCGUAAGUAUGUAUGUUGAACUUCUCUCGCACCGUACGUAGCCAAUCGUGCUAACCGGAGGUGCGGGUAUAAAAUUUGUAAAAAUCAACAAAGCCUCUCAUAACAGACUCUUGGGGGGUACCAAUUAAAUCAAUUUACUUUUAAAUAAAAUCGGCAUGCUGCACGACCGGGAUAGUGUGGCCAAAAAGCACGCACGACGGCCUUUGUCUCCCCAAGUGCUGAUGUUUUACACACGGUGUUCAUUUAAGGCUCAAUCGAACCUAGACAAAGGGGAGAGGACCGACAUUUAAAAUUCGGCUCGCUGGGUUCGAAGUGCAGAGUGUGUUGAUAGACGGCGUAGUCAGAAAGCAGCAUAUAAUCCCUCUUUUGCCACCAUGUAAUAGGGACAAAGGGCAGCAGACAGACUCCACUAAUAAACAGACUGCGCAGCAACACCGGUAAGAGACACAGAGAGAGAGAGGAUCAUCAGCCUGCCGUUGAGCACGUGUGCAGGUGCAGUUACGUCCAAACGGUGUUGCCGAUGGAAGUCCGGCGGCAUUUUUGGUGGUGCUGGUUCGGUGCCCUCCUCACCCUGGCCACGCUAUUGGGGGGCACCCAGGGAGCUACUCAGGGCUCCACGGGACGCCGCUUCGUGGCGGCGGUGUUGGAGCAUGCCGUGCUCCUGCCGCCCCCACGCGCACAGGGGACCCUGCCCACGCGGGCAGAAGCCCUGACGCUCAUGCACAGCAACCUGGACAUCAUGGAGCCUCUCAUCCGCAAUGCGACCAGUAUGGGAGCGGACAUCGUGGUGAGUCCGGAGGACGGCCUGUACGGAUGGACGCUCUCACGGGAAGAGGCGCAGUUCUACAUGGAGGACAUUCUCGAUCCGAGCGCUCAGCUUGGCUGGGUGCCCUGUGAACAACCUCCCAGCGCAAACGAUCCGGAACCGGGCUCGGUGCUGUCAAGGCUCAGCUGCCUGGCGCGCAACCUCAGUGUGUACCUGGUGGCGAACCUGGGCGACGGGAAGCAGUGCGACAGGGGGAGCGACCCGCGCUGCCCACCGGACUCGCGCUACCAGUUCAACACGGACGUGGUGCUGGACCGGCUCGGCCGCCUGGUGGGACGCUAUCACAAGUAUCGACUCUUCAUGGGCGAAGAUCAGUUUGACCAGCCUGCCGAGCCCACACAGGUCAUCGUGGAAACAGACUUUGGGCGGCUCGGGGUCUUCACGUGCUUCGACAUCCUGUUCCACGCGCCGGCCGUGCAACUGGUGGAGGAGGGCGCCAUCGACACGGUGCUCUUCCCCACGGCGUGGAUGAACGUGCUGCCGCACCUGAGCGCCGUGCAGUUCCACUCGGCGUGGGCCAUGGGCAUGGCCGUCAACCUGCUCGCCGCCAACACGCACAACACCACCAACCGCAUGACCGGCAGCGGCAUCUACAGCCCGGACGGCGCCCGCGCCUACCACUACGACGCCGUCACCGGCAGCGGGCACCUGCUGCUCGCCGAGCUUGACGCGAGCCCGCGGGCUCCCGGGUACCAGCGGCCCGACUGGGGCCGCCACGCCUCCGCACUGGCGCCCCCCUCGCCGGGCACCUCGUCGCCACCCUCCUUCACCGCCUCCGUGUUUCACGACCCCUUCACCAUGGUGCUGCUGGCCGCCGGCACCGCGAACGCGUCCGUGUGCCACGGGGAGCUGUGCUGCCACCUGGAGUUCGCCAUGCAGGCGGCCGAGGAGCCGCGGGCGGCUGGGGAGCUGCACGCGUUGGGGGCGUUCAGCGGCCUGCACGUGGUGGAGGGGCAGUACUACCUGCAGAUCUGCACGCUGCUCAAGUGCGCCGGAGCCGAGAAGGAGACGUGCGGGCGUCCCACGAAGGAGGCAGCCACGCGCUUCUCCCGCUUCUCUCUGUCCGGGACGUUCGGCACCCGCCACGUCUUCCCCGAGGUGCUGCUGAGCGGCGUGGAGCUCGCUCCAGGGCAGUUCCAGGUCCUGGACGAUGGGCGUCUCGUGAACUCAGACGUGGGCCUGCAGGGCCCUCCGCUGUCCGUCACGCUGUUCGGCCGCUGGUACGAGCGAGACGAGGGUGAUUGCUGCGGUGGAGGCCCCGGUGGCCCCGGUUCUAUCGGAUGGGGCCGCUGGCAAGUGGCGAUGCUGGGGCUCUGCGCGGCGGCGACGCUGCUGACCGGCGUUGCGAUGCGGUGACUCCUGUGGAUGGGGCACUGAAACUCCUACAGCUGUGGAGGAGGAUGAGGAGGAGGAGACAGGAACGACGAUGGGAGAGCGAAAGGGACGAGCGAUGAAGGGGGAAGGGGGGGGGGGGGCGCCACGAAUGGCAUGGGGGUACGGAGUGCGCUGUUAUAGGGAGAGUAACGAGACUGGCCAAUCAGAGACGAGUACUGGUCUUAACCCCAACACUGACCCUAACCACACGAGCCAACCAGACCCAAGCACUACUCACCUUAACUCGAAGCUAACUCUCAAACCAGAUCCGAGUCUAACCACUAACCUUAAGCACACAUGGCAACCAGACCCUAAACCCUAACUUCACUGACACUACUCAACGAGACCCUUUCCUUACCCCUAACCUGUCUGCAGUAGCCAACCAGACCCCAACCAUAACUCUAACUCACACUAGCCAAACACACUGACCUAUAUUGACCGCCCACCUAUUUACUGCACCCUAGAAUCGCCACCCGUGCCCGCAUGGUGAAUGUUUUCACGAGCAGUAGAAAUAUUUUUUAAACCGAGAGAAAUUUAGUCGAGGACUUUAUUAUUCAUUGCGUGUUGACAAUUUUGUAAUUAUGCUUUGUAAUGACGCUUGGCCUAGUUACAUGCAUUAAGAGCCCUGCCAUUCAUGAUCGCUUUCUGCCUGUUUAAUCGGUACUGAUUAAAAACAAAUAAAUGUCGCGUUUCAAUGAGCUUCAUUGAAAACAAUUUCCUCUUGAGUGUGGGAGGAAACUGCACGCAGUAGAGUACACAGAGAGAACCAAUGUACACU